CAAAACACCAGCCAGCGCUUCAGCAGCUGACUGAGUACAGGCUCAGGUAACUGAACACCUGACUCACUCGUCGACUCACCAUGCAGCCUGACAUUCACCUGCAGCAGUGAUGCCCGCCUUCAGGCCUCCUGCUCCUCUCCUCUGCGUGCUGCUGUGUGUGUCUCUGGCUCUGCAGCGCUCUGACCUGCGCCUGGCUUAUGUGACCCACAACAGCUUCUUCUACUACUCCUGCAGCCAGGACCCGCAGCCGUGCAGCGUCGCAUCACUGACAGACUGCAGAUGCAAGGACAUCCAGCUCUCCACGCUGCACCACCCUCAGUCGCACUCGUCCCCCGUGUUCCGCAUGAGACGUCUCACUGUUUGGUUCACGUCGCCGUCGAACACGGCUCGUCUGCUCAACAACUCGGAGGUGAGGCACCUCACACUGAUCCACUGUGGCGCAGGGGGAUCCAGAGGGACGGCCUCCUCUUCCCUGCAGGGACAUUUUGCUGUGCAGCACCUGGAGAGGCUGACAGUGGUAAACAUGCCUCAGAGAGUGCCUCACCACUGUCCAGAUGCAAACAGAGCCAAGAGUACAGACACAAACAGUGACACAGACACAGAUAACGGUGCUCAACUGGGCACAAAUAGCUACAACAGGGACAGAGACCCAUACCUGGACCUGAUUACAGACAUGAAGAGAGAUUCCUUGGAUUUUCCAUCGACCCACAUCCAAGACAUCUUCCUGGGCCGGGAGCUGGGUGCGGCCUAUCACGAACAGGCCAGACUGGGCAUCAUCCACAGCUCCGUGCUGGAGUGGGGAGCCACAGUGAAAGCCUACACAGUCCAGACACACAUAGACACGGAUGGUUUGCUGCCAUUUCCUGACCUCUACCUGCCAAAAUUACCAGCAACGCCUGUCAUAUAUGUGAGCUUUGUGUACUAA